AAUAACAUCUCUUGGCAACCGUUACUAUUUUAUUACCUUUUUUUUUGCUUAUAAUAGUAUUGUUAUUUAUUUAUAAUUCAAAUUCUAGUCAUUGUUGUAGAUUCUGGAUCGUCUUGUUUUUAACAUCCGCGUUUGAUGAGGGAUUUUUAGAUAUUUUUAAGAAAAAAGGGUGAAGGCAUUAAGUUCGAUGAAUAAAAGAAAACAGAAAAAUACUCAAGAUGACAGCAGGGACAAGAACCGUCGUAAAUACGAUUACGAUGAUUUAGAUGAGGAGGACGACGAUGACUUUGGAAUUCCUCUGAGCCCUGGUGGUUCAGUUUUGAUGCCUUCUCCGAAUCCUUACAAUAUGUCUGACAGGAUAAAGAAAGCUAAUCAACAAUUAGAAGAAGAAAAGAAGAGAGCUGCCCUGUCUUCAAGGAUUCCCAAAGUUCGGUUCGUUGAUCCCAUAGCUUUAGAGGAAGAGGAUGUGGUUGUAGGUCAAGGGACCCAAAAGAAACCACCACCAACCCAUGAACAUGAAAGUAAGCCUUCUAAAAUUCUUCUUGUGACUCUACCAACUGCAUAUUCCAUCGAGUCUGAAGAAAUUCUGACUGAUGAUGAUUAUGAAGAUGAUUUAGACUUAAAUACUGAUGAUUUCAGGGGAAGCCGAAAUAACCAAGAAUCUAGUGUUGCCAAGUUUUAUGAAUCCGAAGAGGAAGUAGAAGAUAGUACAUUACCUCUAACCGAAGAAACUAUAACUUCCUCUUUGGAAACAGUGCUGUGCCGCAGUGAAACAGAAGAAAGUGAGUUAACCGAGAGUUUCACAAAAUCGAUUAAUUUGAAUACUGAAAAUGAAUUAAUUAAUUCAGUCCCUAUAGAUAAUAUUAAGAGCAUAAACGAUAAAGAAUCAUUAGAUAAAACUGAUGAUUUGGUCAAAGAGGUCAUAGAAAUUUUGGAAAAAAGUGAUUCAAUAGAAAAAUCUGUCUCGAGUGAACCGUUAAGUGACCAAAUGAUCACUUUUGAGGCUAGUAACAGUAAUAAGGUAUCUGUAAUCAGAAAUCUUAAAUCAGACUUUUCAGCAACGAAGCCCUUAUCAAAACCGAUUCCUGUCAAAAAAAGAAUUACAGCUGUCGAUCUUCGUCCUUCUACUGCACCUGCAAAGAGAAUGUGUUGUAAAAUAGGUGUCAUCACGAAAUUACCUGCCUAUAACGGUUUGAGAUCAGAGUAUGGACUCAGCAAAGAACAACUGCUUGAAAAAGAGAAGAAAAAAUAUGAACUGUCUAAAGCUUUGAGAAUAGAAAAAGAAAAGAAAUGGAUGGAAGAAAGGCAGAAACAAAAAGAAAAUGAAAUAAUGUUUAAAAAUUGGCUAAUUAAAAAGAAAAAAGAAGCUGAAGCAAAAACUUUACGAAAACUUCAGCAGAGCAACUAUUGUUUUCGAACAACGCCAGCUCCUACUUCACAUUUAGAUAAAAUUGGAGCAUUGAGAAGGAAAAUGUUGAGGCAAGAGAAUACCUUUUUGUUGUUGGACAAAAUAUUCAGAAAUGCUAGACCUCAAGAACAAAAAACUUAUAGAAUAUAUCUUGGUUUAUGUGUAUAGUA